AUGUGGAAAGUAGGAUUAGUGGUGGAAGCGGAACUGCACGUGGCUGUAGAGUUGUGCAUUUUAACGCUGCCGCUUGCAGAGUUGCGCACGGUGCCCGCUGCAACGGAGGAACUGCGUACAGCCGAUGCUAAUCUGCGCACACCGGCUGAUUUGGUAACAGACACUAUCGUGACGAGAACGCGCUCCGCGUUGGCUGUGGAGUUGCGCUGCCCGCGUUUGGCGAAGCUUUAUGAGGUUGGGCGCGAGUUGGGGCGCAGCCACUUCGGGGUCGUGCGACUGUGCGAAGACCGUGCGAUGGGCAAGCGAUUCGCGUGCAAGACGAUACUACUGAGCGGCGUGCAGGUGAGUUGCACAACAUUGCGAAAGUCCAAACUCCAAGAUGUUGCGUGCUAG